AUCAAGUCAAACAUUCUUGAGGCAGACUCAUAUUACUUGUCGUAUCGCUGGUGCUCACUUCGCUGUGGGGUGUAGGGCUGCUUUCGGAAGGGUGGUCUGUGGCCCUAUUUGAGUGAAUUUUGGAAGGUGUGCAGGAUGGCUCCAAACGAGACAGGGGAUGAACUUGUUUUCUUUGUGAAUGGUAAAAAGGUGGUGGAAAAAGAUGUGGACCCAGAAACAACUCUGCUAACCUAUCUACGAAGAAAAUUGGGCCUAUGUGGUACCAAACUAGGCUGUGGAGAAGGUGGAUGUGGUGCUUGCACUGUUAUGAUAUCCAAGUAUGAUCCCUUUCAGAAGAAAAUCCUCCACCAUACUGCCAAUGCUUGCCUCUUCCCUGUCUGUGCCCUGCAUCAUGUAGCUGUAACUACUGUUGAAGGCAUAGGAAACACAAAAUCCAGGCUGCACCCAGCCCAGGAGAGAAUAGCAAAAAGUCAUGGGUCCCAGUGUGGCUUUUGCACUCCAGGCAUUGUCAUGUCCAUGUAUACAUUGCUUCGGAACAAACCCGAGCCCAAAAUGGAGGACAUAGAAGAUGCUUUCCAAGGGAACUUGUGUCGGUGUACAGGGUACAGACCUAUUCUGGAAGGAUACAGGACAUUUGCUAAAGACUUGAAUUGCUGUGGCAGAGUAGCCAAUGGUACUGGAUGCUGUCGUAGUGAGAGGGAAAAUAGCAUGAAUGGGGGCUGCUGUGGAGGAAAAGCCAAUGGUCCAGGCUGCUGCAUGAAUGAAAAAGAAGACAAUGUGACAAUGAUGUCCUCCAGCCUGUUCAAUUCUUCUGAGUUCCAGCCGUUGGACCCUACACAGGAGCCAAUCUUCCCACCAGAGUUAAUGACUCAGAGUAACAAACAGCAGAAACAGCUGUGUUUCAAAGGCGAGCGUGUGAUGUGGAUCCAGCCUACAACUCUCAAGGAAUUGGUGGCUCUCAAAUCCCAGUACCCCAAUGCCAAGCUCGUUGUGGGGAAUACAGAAGUGGGUAUUGAGAUGAGGUUAAAGAACAUGUUGUAUCCAGUGAUAAUAGCGCCAGCAUGGAUCUCUGAAAUGAACGCUGUUCAGCACACUGAAACAGGGGUCACCUUCGGCGCUGCCUGUACCCUGAGCUCAGUAGAGGAGGUGCUGAGAAAAGUGGUGGCAGAGCUUCCUCCUUACAAAACAGAGGUCUUCCAGGCUGUCCUUGAACAGCUGCGGUGGUUUGCAGGGCCACAGAUCAGGAAUGUUGCCGCUCUUGGUGGGAACAUAAUGACAGCAAGCCCAAUUUCUGACUUAAAUCCUGUGUUAAUGGCAAGUGGAAGCAAACUGACUUUGGUAUCAAAUGAGGGCAAAAGGACUAUCAUGAUGGAUGAGAAGUUUUUCACCGGAUACAGAAAGACAAUAGUUAAGCCUGAAGAAAUACUUCUCUCUGUUGAAAUACCCUACAGCAAGAAGGGUGAAUACUUCUCAGCUUUCAAGCAGGCUUCCCGUCGGGAGGAUGACAUUGCUAUUGUGACCUGUGGGAUGAGAGUCCUGUUCCAAGAUGGAACUAGCCGAGUGGAGGAGAUAAAACUAAGCUAUGGAGGAAUGGCUCCUACAACUGUCCUGGCGCUAAAAACUUGCCAGGAGCUCACCGGCAGAGACUGGAAUGAGAAGCUGCUGCAGGAUGCCUGCCGCUUACUGGCGGGUGAGAUGGAUCUGUCUCCUUCUGCGCCUGGUGGGAUGGUGGAUUUCCGACGCACGCUUACACUCAGCUUCUUCUUCAAGUUCUACCUGACGGUCCUUCAGAAACUGAGCAAGAACCACAAUGGCACUAACAAUCUGUGUGAGCCCGUCCCUUCGAACUACAUCAGUGCUACAGAGCUGUUUCACAAAGAUCCCAUUGCAAAUGCCCAGCUCUUCCAAGAAGUGCCCAGGGGGCAGGCAGUUGAAGAUAUGGUGGGCCGGCCUUUGAUGCAUGUUUCAGCAGCCAAACAAGCAUGUGGAGAAGCUGUUUACUGCGAUGACAUCCCUCACUAUGACAAUGAGCUGUAUCUAACACUGGUGACCAGCACCAAAGCCCAUGCUAAGAUCCUUUCUGUAGAUGCCUCUGAAGCCCAGAGUGUUCCUGGGUUUGUGUGUUUUGUCUCCGCCAAGGAUGUUCCUGGCAGUAACAUCACUGGCAUCGCUAAUGAUGAGACCGUCUUUGCUGAGGAUGUGGUCACUUGUGUUGGUCAUAUCAUCGGUGCAGUUCUUGCAGACACACAAGAACAUUCCAGAAGAGCGGCUAAAGCUGUGAAGAUUAAGUACGAAGAGCUCAAACCUAUUGUCACAAUUCAGGAAGCUAUUGAGAAACAAUCCUUUCUUAAGUCUAUAAAGAGGAUUAAUAAGGGAGACGUGAAGAAAGGAUUUGAAGAAUCUGAUCAUGUUUUGGAAGGAGAGAUGUACCUUGGUGGGCAGGAGCAUUUCUAUCUGGAAACUCACUGUACUGUGGCUGUGCCAAAGGGGGAAGAUGGUGAGAUAGAACUCUUUGUGUCGACCCAAAACCUAAUGAAGACACAGGAGUUUGUUGCUAAUGCAUUGGGAGUCCCUUCAAAUCGGGUUGUGGUUCGAUUGAAAAGAAUGGGAGGAGGAUUUGGAGGAAAAGAGACUAGGAAUACUAUUUUGACAACUGCAGUGGCUGUCGCAGCCUUCAAAACUGGCCGCCCAGUAAGGUGCAUGCUGGAUCGAGAUGAGGACAUGCUGAUAAGUGGUGGGAGACAUCCCUUCCUGGGGAGGUACAAGGUUGGUUUCAUGAAGAAUGGGAAAGUCAAGAGUCUGGAGGUGUCAUACUACAGCAAUGGGGGCAACUCUGUAGACCUCUCUUACGGUGUUAUAGACAGAGCCCUGUUACAUUUGGAUAACUCCUACAACAUUCCCAAUGUCAGCAGCGUGGGCAUUGUUUGCAAGACCAACUUGCCUUCCAACACAGCCUUCCGUGGCUUUGGAGGGCCCCAAGGAAUGAUGAUUGCUGAGUGCUGGAUGAGUGACCUUGCUCGGAAGUGUGGCCUGCCACCUGAGGAGGUGCGGAGGCUCAAUCUUUAUAAUGAAGGAGACCUGACUCAUUUUAACCAAAAGCUGGAGGGAUUUACUCUACGAAGAUGCUGGGAUGAAUGUUUGUCAAGCUCUAGCUAUCAUGCCAGGAAGAAACUAAUUGAAGAAUUCAACAAGCAGAAUCGCUGGAAGAAGAGAGGGAUGUGCAUCAUUCCUACCAAAUUUGGCAUCAGUUUCACUAUCCCAUUUCUGAACCAGGCUGGAGCUCUGAUCCAUGUGUAUACAGAUGGCUCUGUAUUACUUACACAUGGGGGGACUGAGAUGGGUCAAGGGCUUCACACCAAAAUGAUUCAGGUUGCUAGCAGGUCACUGGGAAUCCCCACCUCCAAAAUUUACAUCAGUGAGACCAGCACAAACACUGUCCCAAAUACCUCCCCGACAGCCGCAUCUGUCAGUGCGGACAUCAAUGGAAUGGCUGUCCAUAAUGCGUGUCAGACUAUCAUAAAAAGACUUGAGCCGAUCAAGCAGUCUAAUCCCAAAGGAUCCUGGGAAGACUGGAUUAAAGCUGCCUAUGAGAACUGUGUUAGCCUGUCGGCCACGGGGUUUUAUAGAAUUCCUGACCUUGGCUACGACUUUGAAAAGAAUGAAGGGAAACCAUUCUGCUACUUCAGUUAUGGUGUUGCUUGCUCUGAGGUUGAGAUAGAUUGCCUAACAGGUGACCACAAGAACAUUCGCACAGACAUUGUUAUGGAUGUUGGUACCAGUCUGAACCCAGCCAUAGAUAUAGGACAGAUAGAAGGAGCAUUUGUCCAAGGCCUUGGGCUCUUCACCAUGGAGGAGCUGCGCUAUUCUCCUGAAGGGAACUUGUACACUCGAGGGCCUGGGAUGUACAAAAUCCCAGCGUUCGGAGACAUCCCAACAGAAUUCUAUGUGUCUCUUCUCCGUGACUGUCCAAACAGCAAGGCAGUUUAUUCAUCCAAGGCUGUGGGAGAGCCACCUCUGUUCCUGUCUGCCUCAGUAUUUUAUGCAAUUAAAGAUGCCAUCUACUCAGCGAGGAAGGACUCUGGCCUGACUGGACUGUUCAGGCUGGACAGCCCUGCCACCCCGGAGAGGAUCCGCAAUGCUUGUGUGGACAUCUUCACCAAAAUGUGCCCUUCUGCUGAGCCGGGGACCUUUAAGCCGUGGUCUGUGCGUGUGUAAAAGGGAAGUUUGAGGAGCAAACUCUCCUCAUGAAACUGAGCUUACACCAGAGGUACCACAAGGAAGUAGGACUA